UUGAACCGCGAUCCUCAGAUCUCAGCCUCCAGAGUAGCUAGGAUUACAGGUGUGAGCCACCACGCCUGGCUCUCCUCCAGUUGUAAGUAGAGGUAAAUGUAAGUGUGGCUUAAAGGAAAGCUUACUCCUUCCUUUAGGAUGCUGUAGCAUUGUAGUUUACAUGUAUAAAUUCACUAAUACAUGCUGAUCAUUCCAGAAAAAUUCUGACCAUCCCUAGGCUAGUUGGGAGGGCAGGUCUUAGUUAAUGAAUUGAACGGUUUAUAAUGGAGGCACUUACAUUUUAAAACGCUUGUCCGCCGGAACCUACAUUUCCAAGUAAACGGGAUUAGUUUGGGUCCAGAGCUCCCAACCGCCUGCUUUUGUAUCAGGGGUCACAAAGUGAACCUAAAACCAGGACCCACCAAGGCUCUCAGAAGGGACAACAACAGGUCACCAGCGCCUGCACGUGGCCCUCCCGAGACCGUGGGAAAAGAGGAACCCCCGAGGGCAACUGCCAGGAUUUAAGAUGUCUGCUAAAAAGUCCUUGCGGAUCUCCGAGGAAAGGUCUACUGGCUUCCAGAAUGUCCGCCCGCAGUACUGACGUCACUCCAUCGGCUUCCUCAAAGCCGAACGCCAGAACGCUCCAAUCAGGAACCAGACCCCGCCCCGUCCCGCGUCACUUCCGGUGGUGCAGCAGCCAUUUUGUCAGUCGCCCGCGGAUCCCGCGCGCUGGAGAAGUGCAGUUCCCCCUGGUAACUAACUCGUCGGUUCUUUCUCGGCGCUGCCGACGAGCGCGGUCGAAGAGCGCUCACCAAAGGCAGAGACGUUCCUCCGUACAUGGUCGCUGCUGCCGUUGCACCCGCCCGGAGCUAGCGUCCUGUCUGCCUGCCGCGCCGCUUGACAGGCGCCCUCGGGGAGCCGCCGUUCGCGAUGUCAAACGAGGAGAGCUACCGGGCCAUCCUGCGCUACCUGACGAACGAGCGCGAGCCCUACGCGCCCGGCACCGAGGGCAAUGUCAAGCGGAAGAUCCGCAAGGCGGCCGCCUGCUACGUGGUGCGCGGCGGGACUCUGUAUUACCAGCGGCGGCAGCGGCAUCGCAAGACCUUCGCGGAGCUGGAGGUGGUGCUGCAGCCCGAGCGACGCCAGGGCCUCAUCGAGGCGGCGCACCUGGGCCCCGGCGGCACCCACCACACUCGACAUCAGACCUGGCACGACUUGUCCAAGACGUACUGGUGGCGAGGUAUAUUAAAGCAAGUCAAAGAUUAUAUAAAACAGUGUAGCAAAUGCCAGGAGAAACUAGAUCGCUCCCGUCCAAUAUCAGAUGCUUCAGAAAUGUUGGAAGAAUUGGGACUAGACCUUGAAUCUGGAGAAGAAAGUAAUGAGUCAGAGGAUGACCUGAGCAACUUUACUUCACCUCCAACUACAGCUCCUAAGUCUUCAAAAAAGAAGCCAGUAUCCAAACAUGAACUUGUAUUUGUUGAUACGAAAGGAGUGGUAAAGCGUUCUUCUCCAAAACAUUGCCAGGCUGUCUUGAAACAGCUGAAUGAGCAGAGACUUUCCAACCAGUUCUGUGAUGUAACUUUAUUAAUUGAAGGAGAAGAGUACAAAGCACAUAAGUCUGUUUUGUCAGCUAAUAGUGAAUAUUUUCGAGAUCUUUUUAUUGAGAAAGGAGCUAUUUCCAGUCACGAGGCUGUGGUGGAUCUUUCUGGUUUUUGUAAAGCAAGCUUCCUUCCUUUGCUAGAAUUUGCCUAUACUUCUGUACUGAGUUUUGACUUCUGUAGCAUGGCUGAUGUGGCUAUCUUAGCUCGUCAUCUCUUCAUGUCAGAAGUUUUAGAAAUUUGUGAAAGUGUGCAUAAACUAAUGGAAGAGAAGCAGCUAACAGUAUAUAAAAAGGGUGAAGUACAAACAGUUGCAUCUACCCAAGACCUGCCACCACAGAAUGGAAGUACAGCACCUCCUGGGGCUAGCAAUGAGGGAACCACAAACACUGUACCUAGUGAACAUGGAGGUUGUGAAAUUGUACUACUAGUAAAUGGAGAGUUGCCAGAAGCUGAGCAGAAUGAAGAGGUAAGACAACAGCCUGAGUCCCAGGUUUCUUCAGAGGCUGAAGCUACUAUAUCAUCUGCAGGAAGUAUAGCUGACUCCCAUCCUGAAAUAGAAUCUGUUGCUUUAGGAAUGAAAAACGAGGCAGACCUAGAAGCUUCAAACAUCAGAGAUGACACCGUUUCUAAUACAAAUCCUAUACUUUCAAAAGACAAUAUAAUCAGUAGCUCUCAUGAGGACAGUGAUAUGGGAAAUGAUGUAUCAGCUGAAGAUAACUGUGCUGAAGACAUUCCAAAUGAUACGCAAAACCUUGAGCAGCCUUUAAAAGAUCAUGAAAAUCUAGUUGCAUCAAUGGCAAACCAAGACCUUGGCCCUGAGGAUGACACUUAUAGAAGUAGGCUUCGGCAGCGGUCUGUUAAUGAAGGGGGAUAUAUCCGACUACACAAGGGCAUGGAAAAAAAGCUCCAGAAGCGGAAAGCUGUUCCUAAGUCAGCAGUCCAACAGGUGGCCCAGAAAUUAGUUCAAAGAGGGAAAAUGAUGAAACAACCAAAAAGGGACACCAAGGAGAACGCUGAAGAAGCGUCCCACAAAUGUGGCGAAUGUGGAAUGGUGUUUCAGAGACGGUAUGCUUUUAUAAUGCACACUCUGAAACAUGAACGAGCUAGAGAUUACAAAUGUCCGUUAUGUAAAAAACAGUUUCAGUAUAGUGCCUCGUUGCGUGCACAUCUUAUUCGACAUACCAGAAAAGAUGCUCCGAGUUCAUCCUCCUCCAAUUCCACAUCUAACGAGGCAUCAGGAACAUCAUCUGAGAAGGGCAGGACCAAACGCGAAUUUAUUUGUUCCAUAUGUGGAAGAACGCUACCUAAAUUGUAUUCUCUUCGAAUACAUAUGUUAAAACAUACAGGUGUAAAGCCACAUGCAUGCCAGGUCUGUGGAAAAACAUUCAUCUAUAAACAUGGUCUAAAAUUACAUCAGAGUCUCCAUGAGUCACAAAAGCAAUUCCAGUGUGAACUGUGUGUUAAGUCAUUUGUUACCAAACGGAGUCUUCAGGAACAUAUGAGUAUUCACACAGGAGAAUCCAAGUACUUUUGCUCAGUUUGUGGGAAGUCUUUUCAUAGGGGUUCCGGACUCAGUAAACACUUAAAGAAACACCAACCAAAACCUGAGGUUCGAGGCUAUCAUUGUACUCAAUGUGAAAAAAGUUUCUUUGAAGCUAGAGAUCUUCGUCAGCACAUGAACAAGCAUCUUGGUGUGAAGCCAUUCCAGUGCCAAUUUUGUGAUAAGUGCUAUAGUUGGAAGAAAGAUUGGUAUUCCCAUGUGAAAUCUCAUUCUGUCACUGAGCCUUAUAGGUGUAAUAUAUGUGGCAAAGAAUUUUAUGAAAAAGCUUUGUUUAGAAGGCAUGUAAAGAAAGCCACCCAUGGAAAGAAAGGAAGGGCAAAGCAAAACCUGGAGCGGGUGUGUGAACAGUGUGGAAGAAAAUUUACUCAGCUGAGAGAGUACAGGAGACAUAUGAACAACCAUGAAGGAGUUAAGCCUUUUGAGUGCUUAACAUGUGGAGUAGCUUGGGCUGACGCUCGGUCUCUAAAACGUCAUGUGCGAACACACACAGGUGAGCGGCCCUAUGUGUGUCCUGUGUGUAGUGAAGCCUACAUAGAUGCCCGGACGCUUCGCAAACAUAUGACUAAAUUCCACAGAGACUACGUGCCUUGCAAAAUUAUGCUGGAAAAAGACACCCUUCAGUUUCAUAACCAAGGAACUCAAGUGGAACAUGCUGUUAGCAUCUUAACUGCAGACAUGCAGGAACAAGAAAGCAGUGGUCCUCAAGAGCUUGAGACGGUGGUGGUGACAGGAGAAACUAUGGAAGUUCUUGAAGCUGUUGCAGCUACUGAGGAGUGUCCAUCAGUAUCAACGCUUUCUGACCAAAGUAUUAUGCAAGUGGUUAAUUAUGUUCUGGCACAGCAGCAAGGACAGAAGCUUUCGGAAGUGGCAGAAGCUAUUCAAACAGUCGAAGUAGAAGUGGCACAUAUUUCAGAAGCAGAAUGAAUAUAGUGAUGGCAAAAAAGAAGACACAUCUUGUACACUGAACUCACAAAAUGUUUGUUUACAGCUCCAUGUGACUAUCCACUUUAAGGUUUCUGUGUCAAUGCUCUGGGCUGUUGGUGCCAUUUCCUUUGGCCAGUGAGUUCUGUAGAAAGUCUGUACUGUAAAGAAAUGGAGAACAAAAUUCUGUCUGCUGAUAGUGGUUUAUCAUGGUAUGUUUUUUUAUGAAUUAAUGUUCAUAAAUGGCUGUACUAAAUUUAAAGUUGUACAGUUUUAUUUGUAUUUUGACAUUAUUUUAUUAUAUAUUUUGAGUUCAAAGGCUACACCAGUUAGCUUUUUUUUUUGUUUUAUUCUCAAAAUACAGUUCGGUGAUUUCAGUUGCUACUUGUGGAUUAAAAAGAAAAUUUUAAUAUAAAGCAUUUCAUAGGAUGCAUAGGUUUAUUACUUAAUUUUUUGUAGGUCUGUGAUUUACAACUUGCUAUUUAUUUAACCCUUUUUGAGUCAGGGAUUCCUUAUUCUGUUUUAAAGCACUUAAUGAGUUAUGUGUUGUAAUCAAGUUCAAACAAUAUAUUUAUCUUUGUGGGGAACCCAUAAACUGAGUACCUGAUUUUUAAAAUGCCAUUAAAGUGCAUAAAAUUCCUGUUAAAGCCUUACUGUGCUUUCUCUUCCAGGCAUAUAAGUGGCCAUGAGAAAUGAGUACUGUUUAUUAAACACUGUUGAUGGAAAAUUUCUCCUCUAACAUAGGACUGUUAAUU